AUGAGCGCCCUUAAACAACCAGAAUUCAACAUCAUCGCCGUUAUUACAUGCAUAAUCACAGGAGGUAUGAGUGGGAAAGUUAAAGGUCGUGUUAGUGACACUGCAUUAGUUGGUUGUGGUGGAUAUGCAAAUGAUAAAGGAGCAGCUGCAACAACUGGUCAUGGAGAGAAGUUGAUAAAAUUGACUCUAGCACGUCAAGUGGAAGCUAAAAUGGAAAAUGGAAGAAGUGCUCAGGAAGCGACGGAAUUAGCCAUAAAUUUACUUAGAGAAAAACGGAUGGGAUCAGGAGGAGCCAUUGCAAUUGACGAGAAUGGAAAUUUUUUGAAGAAAUUUUCUACUCGCCUAAUGUUUUGGGCAAGCAUCGAAGAUGAUCAGUUGAAGGGUGGAUUUGAAAAAGAUGAAGAAGGAGAAGCAAUAAUAGGGUACAGCAAAAGACUGUUGAAUUAG